ACAAAGGGGAAAAAGAUAUUAAAAAUGGAGAAAAGUGGAAGACAGAAGAUGAAGCAGUGUAGUGGCAACUCUUGUCAAACUCUCCACUUUGACAUUGCCGACGCCUCCAGAUAAACAACCUUAACUUUCCCACAACACCACUCAUCAUUCUUUUUCUCUCUCUAGAUUUCAUUUAGUUGUUGCUGUCUUCUUCUGUUUGUGUGUGCCAACACAGAGCGAAAAACAUGGCUCUGAACCAAUCAAAAGCCGUGUUGUUGAGGGUGAGUUUGGUGGUGGUGGCGCUCUUCAUAGCAGGGUACAUAGUGGGUCCCCCUCUCUACUGGCAUUUCGUUGAAGGUUUGGCUGCGGUCAACCACUCUUCUUCUACUUGUGCCCCCUGCAUCUGCGAUUGCUCUUCACAACCCAUUCUUUCUAUUCCACAAGGACUGAGCAACACUUCCUUCGGAGAUUGUGCAAAGCCUGAUCCAGAAGUGAGUGGAGACACUGAAAAGAAUUUUGCUGAGCUAUUGGCAGAAGAACUCAAGCUACGGGAGAACCAAGCUGUGGAAAAUCAGCAACAUGCUGACAUGGCAUUGCUUGAGGCAAAGAAGAUUGCAUCUCAGUAUCAGAAGGAAGCAGACAAGUGCAAUUCAGGGAUGGAAACGUGCGAGGAGGCUAGGGAGAAGGCUGAGUUGACAUUAGUCACGCAGAAGAAGCUAACUGCAUUAUGGGAACUUAGAGCGCGCAAGAAAGGGUGGAAGGAAGGGCUUGCCAAUUCUCAUGCACACUCUCAAGGGAAAGUACAGAGUUCUUAGAUACAUUACACGGCCUCCAUGGAGGUGAGUGGUUGCAUAAUACUACAAUAGUUUUCAAAUGCUGGUGAUAGCAAAAGCAAGUCAUCGAGGCUCAUAUGUGUUCACGAAAGGUCAAGUGUAAAAUACAAAUGUUGUUGUAUUUUCUAUCAUUCUUUUUUGGGUAUUUAUUCCAUGUGUAACACCGUUUAAAGCUAGAAAUCGUCAAAUGUUGGGUAAAACUUGCAUAAAGAAUAUUGAGACUAUCUUUUUGUAUUAUUUUUUUGCUUCUGAUUUGAACCAAGGCUCAGACUGUUGCUUCUUCGUUGUGUUUAA